UCAGCGGCGGGGCCUGCCCCCGCCUCCCCCGUGUGCACGCCCCCUGGCCGUUGCGCCGAGGAGCUGUCGAGGCCGCUGCGUUUCUCUCUCGCCGCUGCCGCUCCGCUAUGUUGGUGCUGGCCGUGGGCGUGCUGCUCAGCGCUGCGGGCACAGGUUCUGCCCAGCUGGCCCUUACUACGACAGAUGUGGAAACAACUAACUGUAACAAAACUGUUAUUUUGCCUUGCUAUGUGACUGACCUCCACGAGAACAAUGAAAAGACCAUGAUUGUUUUGUGGGCACUGAAUGAACGAGAGAUAUUUUCCUACGAGGGAGCAAACCGUACGGUUUUCAGAGACAAUGCCUUUCCCUCCGCUAACUUGCUCUCGCCGGGGGAUCUGCUUAAGGGUGUUGCCUCCCUCACGCUUAGCAGUGCUGAAGCAGAAGUUGGAAAUUACACUUGUCAAGUAACAGAAUCAAACAGAGAAGGAAAAAUAAGAGUGGAACUUAAAAGCCGCGUAGUUGUCAGUUGCGCCGAGGAAAGUGCCCCAGCAUCAAAGGAAAGCUGUGGAUCAUGGUUUCCUCUAGUGGAAAGAGCUAUCAUCAUAGUGUUGCUGUUCUUAAUUAUUGUUUUGUGUUCAGCUCAGUUAAGUGUUGUUGCAUUUAAAUACGAAAUAGUACCUCAGAAGAAAGUGAGCAUUGCUGUAGCAGGUUUCAUCUUCACAGUGGCUGCGGUUAUAGGCACUGUUCUUUAUGUCCAAGAUGGCUUCACUGCACAGAACCAGGCUGGGCUUGGCCUCAUCGUAAUCCCUGCUGUGAGCAUGGUACCACUCCAGUACUUUAUUUUUAGAAUUGCGUUUGAUAGUCUACCACAAGCAACAUUUGCUCUGAUAGGUUUGCACAUCCUUGGUUAUGUAAUUGCUGUGGUUGGUUUUGCACUGUGUGUCUCAGCCUGUCCUCCUUCACAUGGGUCUAUUUUGAUUGCUGGCUUAGCUAUUAUGGCUAUCACAAAUUUGCUGAGCCUGGCUUACGUGUUUAUUAUGGGUUCCAGAAUGAAAGAUCAUCCUCGUCCAGGGAAAGCUGUAGAAGAACCACUAAAUGAUGCAAAAGGAGUGAUGUUAGAAUGAUGAACUGAGGAGCUCUGUGAUGUGUGGAAAGUACACCGCUGUUGGUACACCGUGGCCUUGAAGACGCACUCCCCAACAAGAAGAAAUUCAGGACCCCCAGCUGUUGUGCAUGUGUGGCAAAAGUGCUUUUGACCCGAAUGCCAGGAGUUUCUGGUCACAGCAGCUGCAGUGAGGAGCACGUGUGCCUGCCCACACGUGACCUUCAUUUGCUUCUUGGUCCGGUAUCUCUGGGGGAGGGGUGAGAGAUGAGAAGCGCUGUUUGCCCACUCCGGGGUCUCCCUGCAGUAAUCCUUAGUGGUAUUAUUUGCCCCAAACUCUCCUUAGUCACUGCUUUGCUGUUGGGCCCGCUCAGCCCAGCGACUGCAAUGCCCUUCAGAUGAUUGUGUCUCUGUCUGUGUGCAUGGGCAAGUUCUGGUCCUGCGCCUGCGAUGCCGGCAGGGGGUAGGGGCCGUACAAAACACCAAACCUACUUCCUGACCUCGGCAAGACUUCUCGACAAAGCAGCCAGAAAAUGCUUAUCCACCACGUUGCAGGAGUGCAAAGUUUGCUCCCAGCUCUCCUUGAAGUUAACAGAGUUCUCCUGAUUUCCAGCAAAAGCAGAAUCCCUCUCUCCAGACAGGAGCCAGGCCUGCUCUGCUGGCUUCUGGCCCGGUGAGAGAGCUCUCCAUGCUUCUUCCAUGAUUCUUUGAUGAGAAACCACUCGGCUGUUGGAGCCUGAUUCAGCACUGGACUUGUGGAGCACAGCAGCCAGUCAUUUCCCUGCUGACUGUGGUUCUUUCUGUGUGUGUGUGUGUGUGUGUUCAUGUUGUGCCGUGUGUGGUACCAGAAGCAAUUUCAGGCUUUCUUAACUCGGUGAAUUUGUAACAGUCAUGGAUGCUUCGUAACCAGCAGGAGUUGUCCUAUUUAGUGUUACUUUUGGACAGUUCUGGUCUUAAAAUCCUGUUUUCUUGAAUGGAGAAGAGGAAAAAACACACAAAAAAAAGG